AUGUUCCAUGUUACACUGGAGGAAGGAACCACUGUUUCUUUAGGUCCUUGCAUUAUUCAACUUUUCCUCUUUUGUGUUUCUGAGACAGUGGAGUGUUUUAUCCUCACAGUGAUGUCUUUUGACCGUUACCUGGCCAUCUGCAACCCAUUACGUUACAGAUCUAUUAUGAACACCAGACUUCAGUACCAUCUUAUUUUCUGGUCUUGGUUUACAGGAACCAUGACAUCCAUUAGUUUAGCUGCACAGAUCUAUAUGAUGCAAUUCUGUGGCUCCAACACCAUAGAUCACUUCUUCUGUGACACAGUCGCACUCUUGGAAAUGUCCUGUUCUAGCACUUACUCUGUAAAAUUAGAAGAUGUUUUGCUAUCUGUGAUUGUUACAAUUUUUCCAUUAAUUUUCAUAUUUGGAACUUACAUCAGUAUAUUUGUCACCAUCAUCAGACGACCCACCAGUUCUGGGAGACAGAAAGCCUUUUCCACCUGCACAUCCCACCUUCUUGUUGUAACCAUAUUCUACAGCUCCUUACUUUCUGUAUAUUCAACACCGUCGCAUGGCUACUCAGCAAAUCUCAAUAAAAGUCUCUCCUUACUUUACACCUUCAUAACCCCUUUGUUCAACCCUAUAAUAUACAGUUUAAGAAGCCAGGAGAUCAGACAAGUCUUAAGGCAACAGAUAAAGAGAAUUCAAGCAUCUACAUUUCAAAUAUUCUAA